CCGGCUCCGUGCGGAGCGGGGACCCCCCCCGUCCGCCCCGCGCCUCCAUUUUAGCCCCGGGAAGCGAGGCCGGGCCCGGGGGGCUUCGAGAAGGAUCGGGGAUGGGGGGCAGCCCCCGGCUCCCCUCGCCUCAGGGCCGGGCUGCGAGCGCUGGCGGGCCCGGCCCCGCCGGCCGGCCCGGAGCGGGAUGGAGGUAACGGUGGGAGGGGGCGGCAAGGCCCCCCUGUGACAGCCCUUUCUCUCCCCAGCUCUUGGAUUUUCCCACCUCCUCGAGUGAAUAAAUAAGAAACUUGCAUCCCGCCCGGCGUCGGCGGAGGCUGGAAGGAUCCGGAGGCCGUCCCCGUGCUGCCGGCUGCCCACCUGGACCGCAGGUGUGAGGAUGGGCCUGGCCAAGAUGCCCAGCAAGGCUGCCCUCGGGAGCGGCAGUGGGAGGCAGUGGAGCUGGCCUCGGCARCGGGAGAGGCUGGACUUCCCGUGUCUCUGUGCUGAAUGGCUGCGAUGGCGCCCGCUCUCACUGACGCAGCAGCUGAAGCUCACCACAUCCGAUUCAAGCUGGCUCCCCCGUCCUCCACCUUGUCGCCUGGCAGUGCCGAGAGCAACGGCAACGCCAACAACAUCCUCCUGGCUGCCAACGGCACCAAAAGGAAAGCCAUUGCUCCGGAGGAUCCCAGUCUAGAUUUCCGAAACAAACCUMCGAAGGAGGAGCUGGGCAAGCUGCAGCCGCUAGUGGCCUCUUAUCUCUGCUCGGAUGUAACAUCUGUCUCUUCAAAAGAGCCUCUGAAGCUGCAAGGAGUCUUCAACAAGCAGACAGUCCUUAAAUCUCACUCUCUCUUAUCUCAGUCCUUCUUGAAAACAAGUGAUCUGUUGGGGAGGCAACCAGUGUUGGAAUUCACUUUGGAGAAUCUAAAAACAAUGAGUACUAAUAGCCAGCCACCYCUCCCGCAAGCGCCUGUGAAUGGCUUGGCCAAGAAAUUGGCCAAAAGUACCAAUUCAGACCAUGAAAACUCUAGUUCUCUGAAUGGUGGGAAGUGUGCUCCUCCUUCUGCUGCCCUCCAGACUGUUGAUUAUAAUACAGGAGGUUCUGAAUUAGGGGACUUGAAGACCGGGUUGACCAAUUGCACUCUUCCACAUAGAAGCCUUGAUGCAGAGCACGCACCUCCCUUUAGCAAUAAUAGCACUGCAAAUAAAUCUUCCCUUAAUUCCACAGAGCAGCAGUGGGUGCUCGAGGGCGGCAGCGGGGAGACACGGGUGCCCGGUGUCGGGAGCAGUAAGUUGGAAGAGCAGAAACCUUCUGUGUCUGCUGGUCACCACAGCGCUCUCGAYUCCGAGAUGAGGACGAGGGCUCUGCUGAGACGUCAGGCGGACAUCGAGAGCCGAGCCCGGCGGCUGCAGAAGCGUUUGCAGGUGGUGCAGGCRAAGCAGGUGGAGAGACACAUCCAGCAGCAGUUGGGUGGCUUCUUGGAGAAAACGCUGAGCAAGCUUCCUGCUUUGGACCCGCUGAGGCAUCGGAGCCAACUGAUGUUGACCAGAAAAGCAGAAGCAGCCUUGAGGAAAGCUGCGAGUGAGACAGUUACUUCAGAAGGCCUGAGCAACUUUCUGAAGAGCGAUUCGAUAUCGGAGGAACUGGAGAGAUUCACRGCCAGUGGCAUGGCCAACUUGAGAUCCAGUGAGCAGGCGUUUGACUCGGAUGUCACUGACAGCAGCUCUGGGGGAGAGUCGGACGUUGAAGAAGAAGAACUGACCAAAGCAGACCCAGAACAACCCCAYGUACCACUGUAAGUAGCGCUGGUUUCAUUCCGGGGAGCG